GGUUGGAUUUUUAGCGUUUCGUAUUAUCAGCAAUUUUUCGACGUCGAUACAGAGGAGGUGACGAAGCGCGUGUCGAGCGUGUUCACGUCGCCACAUAAAGGAACGUUUUUGGACGAUGUGGCGGGAAAUCCUGAUCUGUACGUGCCGAUUUGGGGGAGCGCGACGUUGGUGUUCUUCACCGCGCUUGGAAGCGCGUGGGGCAAGUUUAACAUGCGUAAGAGCGAGGGCUGGUCGUUCGACGCGAAGUCGGUGAGUUUGAGCGCGGCGUUGAUUUAUGGGUACGUCUUCUUGUUCUCGCUCAUCGUGCACAUGACGUUAACGUGCUACGCGCGCGUCGACAACUUGCGCGUCACCGACGUGUGGUGUCUGUACGGGUACAGCAUUCUCGCCUUCAUACCGGUGUGCAUCUUAGCCACCGUUCCCGUUGAGUUGUUCCGGUGGUUAUUCACCGGCGCGUGCGCCGCGUUGAGCACGUUGUUCCUCAUGUCCAACGUUCGCAAGCGCGUGUUAUCGUCGAGCAAAGGCACGACGUUUGCCGUGAGUUUCGUGAGUUUCAUCGGCGCCGCGCACUUCGCCUUUGCGUUGAUUCUCAAACUCUUCUUCUUC